GGCGGCUGUGGCCCACGCUAAGUAACGGCGUCCACAUCAGCUCUAGCGCCCGGCAACCUCCGCCUGCAUCCUAAAAAUUUCCAAAAUUUCCUUCCCGCCUUCACUCACUCACAGGCUCUCACCAACCUUCCACCUCACCAACCUUCCACCUUCCACCGUCCCCCUCACCACGCACAAUGGCACGCACCAAGCCCCCCUCGACCCCCAACACCGCCUCGGUGACAUCGGGAAUCUACACAUGGACGCCGCAAAGCGGGCUGACGAUCUCCACGUUCUCGCGGGCGUCGAUCCCUCGGCUGAAGAGCAUACUGAACCCUUCGGAGAACCCGGCGUUCGAGUCAAAGACUGAGAACGCGAAGGCGCGCGCGCUGAAGGAUACUGCAAAGUACUGCAGCAAUGCGAAGUGGGUCGCGGCCCAGCUGCUGCAUUAUGGCAUUCCUGCCGAGGAGGGGAAGGGUGUCAUUGCGGAACUCAGGGAGGGCGUCGAGAGCGGUGAGAUCGAUGAGGUCCCAAAAGAGAUCCUCACGCUCGAGGAGAAGCUCAAGCAGGAGUAUUACAUUCGCUAUCCCAAGGAUGAGGAGAAGGAGAAGGAGAAGCAGAAGAAGCGGAAACGGGAGGAUGUGAAGGAUGCGCCCGAGUCCGACGACGAAGAGGAGUCCGACGAUGAGGAGUUCGCCGAGAGGGAUCAGAAGCGCUCGCGUGGUGGAAGCGACUCGAGAGGUGGCAGGGGAAGGGGCAGCGAUCGUGGCGGGUCGAGGGGAAGGGGCGGUGACAGAGGUGGCUUCCGUGGAAGGGAUGGGGAUUCGAGAGGUGGCUCGAGGGGACGGGGUGGGGAUAGAGGUGGCUUCCGCGGUGGAAGGGAUGGGGACUCGCGGGGUAGCUCGAGGGGAAGGAGUGGUGACAGGGGUGGCUUCCGCGGUCGGGACGGUGACUCCAGAGGCGGCCGUGGUGACUCUCGUGGUGGAUUCCGUGGUGGGCGUGACGGCGACUCUCGUGGUGGACGUGGCGGUAGCCGUGGUGGUUCCAGGGGUGGACGCGGCGGUCGUGGAGGCGACUCGAGAGGCGGACGUGGUGGGCGCGGUGGACGGGGUGGCAGAGGUGGUAGAGGUGGUCGCGGCCGGGAUUGAUCACGCCUUGAAAGUUGAUACCCGGAGGUUCGGCAUACUUGUUAGUGGUGUAUAAAAAGCAUAUGAGAU